GAUUAACUACGAACUUUAUAGACAUUAAGAGUUCUACCUCUCGAAUGGUUUUGAUGGUGGCUGUGAGUUGUUGGGAUUUUAUUGAUAUAUAUAUUUCUAAAUAUAAUCUUACCUUAAACCUCAUCACAGGCAAUUAUGGGGACUACCUUGGGGGUCAUGGAUCCCAGAUUGGGAACCACUGUCCUAGGUGAUACCUAAUGCGUUAUGAGCAGUGAUGAAAACCAUCUACAGGGUGGGUCGUUUCUAUGGAUACGCCUUAUGGGAAUGGUUGGUGAUAUUAACGUCCUGUUUGUGGCACAUUAGUAUGUGUCAGGGGACAAACUUAGAUGGGUGGUGGCCGUUUAGAAGUCUGCCAUCUUGAAUCAACUUUUGUUUUUUUUUCAAUAGGAAGAGGGUCAUGUGACACAUCUAACUAAUUGGGAAUUUCACAAGAAAAAGCAGCAUGUCACUGAAGAGUGGCAUUAGUCGAACAUCGUUCGGCGGUUAUUAGCUACCCACAAGUCAGAAUCAGCUUUAUUCAAUGCUCCAGCGUCCAGAUAAAAAUUUGACUCUGCAGUGCAGCCUGACCAAGGUUACACGCACAAAACGUAGAACAAAACAUACAGGCAGACCACGAGAGCUGCCAUUCGAGUCACUCAUGUCAGUUAGAUAGAAAAGGGUUACAUGAGGAUAAGUGGGGUGGGGGUAGCUUUGCAAAAAACACCUCAAACAUAUAAGCAUGAACAUCAACAGUUCACAACAUGCAGACGGGACAAGAGUCUUGGGAAGAAAAAAGAUAAGAGAGAAAUGCGAAGUGGCUGUACUCUCCUCGUGCCAGAAGAACAAAUGGCAUCCUUACAAACCAGCUACUGCAGCAUCUGAUUGAGGAUGACCCUGAUUGGCGCACAGAAUUAGCAGAAUGGGCAAAACAAAAAUUGGAGCAGGACCCUCAGUCAGGGGGGCUGCCAGAGAUUUUGGGCCCCCUGGGGGCUCGUCCAUAGCUGGAGCUGGGGUUCCACCCUCCCAGAUUCGAAGGGAGAAAAAAAUAUAUAAUAUAUAUACUUUAUAUUAGUGUUUCAGUUUUGCUUAAUUAUUUAGGUCUACAUGCAUUCUUACUUAUUUACAUAUCAUUUUCACCAGCUGUCUCUCAUUAAACAGUGAUUUUCAUUCAACAGAAUUAGCAAUAUCACUGCUGGAAAAAGCAGGAAAUGCACAUGCUGAAAGGUGUUAAUCUCCUUUUCCCUUUUACUCCCUUAAAAUGUAUUUAUUCUAAAAUUUUAUUUGAUGAUUAAAUUCAAAUUUGGAUAUCUAAUUAAAUUUCCAUGUUGUGUCAAAGCUUUACAUAACUGCAUUUUCAGCUGUAUUUCCUCUCGAAAUCAAGUAUUUCUGUAUGAGUGACAAAAAUUAAGGAUUCACAGCUCACAAGGUGACUUCUUUAUUAAGUCUCCUUGGCUUUAUCACAGACUCAAAAUGAAUAAGCACACAGUUCAUACCUUGAUUGUACACAGCAAGAUUUAUUAUUUACAGUGAUAUAAUUAAUAAUGCUCCUGAGUGACAUAUCUUGUUUUUGAUUUGUUCAAAGCUGUCACCACUAUUUUUGCAGCAGUAUAAAUAAUGACGAGUUUUAGAAAAUUAAGUUUAUUUAUUACAAUUAUUAAUAGCUUUUGUUUCAUUUUUGCUCUCUGAUGAAUUAUUUGGAAAUUAUUGAUUUUUGGUUUGUGUUCUAAAAGCUACAUAAACAAAUUACAUCUUGUAAAACCUCUCAUAAUUCAGUCAGAUUCAAAACAUUUCAUUUCAAGGUAUUUAGUAGAUGAAGAGGUUUUUUUUUCUUGUAUGGUGCCUUCAAAAAUGUGCUUCACAGUAAUAAUCUCACAGUAAUUUAUGUUACAUUAACAGACUAAAUAACAAUGCUUCAACCUGCUCAGCAUAAAAACAAUCUAUACAUUUUUACUGAUUGAUAUUUGUAAUUAUCAUCAUGGGGAAAAACAAUGUGUUUAUCACCAAAAAUAGCCUUUUUAUAUUCCUUUGUAAUAGUACUGAUAGAGAAGAGAACCUUAAGUGAUUCCCACAGACCCCCUUAAAUGAGGCAGCUAGCUAACAUGCUACAUUGCUCACCUUCUUGAGGUUCAUUGGGUUGUGAGGGAACACCUGCUGAUAUAUGUAAAGAGAAAUUGGCUGGCUCAGCCAUAUUGUAAGGAGAAACUGUCUUUACUCAGUUAUAUUGUUGCGUUGUGGUUUUAUGCUCUUUUAUGAAAGAGGAACCAUGCUACGUAUUAAUUCGGAAUAUUAAUUUUUAAUAAAUGAGUGAAGUGAUGGUUUGGAUAAACUUAGGUCUUAUCAGAGAACUGCAUCAAACGCUAAACACCGUGCUCUGUCUCACCGAACUCUUGUGGACCCUCUUUCGGAUCCGGGCCGUGGAGGAUGGUGGUGGUUCAUCCAGAUGACACUCAACGGCUGACGGGGAGACGUAGGUGUCGAACGGAACCGGUCCAGAGUUGCCCUCAGUACACGUUGAUGGUAAAGCCAUAUCAAAACCCAUAUUUCCUCACGUUACAUAUAUCAUCAGCUGCUGAUUCUAUAGGGACAAGGACAACAACCCAUUUACCAAAUUAAUUAGUCAAAAUAAAGUAGGGACCUCUGAAUAAAUAUACAUUUCAUAAAUACUAAAAGACUGUUUGUUUAAUGUCUUAAAUGAGAAAAAAUACUGCAAAGUAAAGUACUUGUGAUUUUUAAACUUAAUUUUUUUUAUUCAACUUUGAAACUUUUUUGGGCCCCUGACAGCUGUGGGCCCUUAGAAUCUUCCUAAUCUUUCACCGCUUUAAAGCGCCCCUGCCCUCAGUUCAUGAAGAAGAUCCUGUUCGGUGAUGAGGCAAACUUUUAUGUGAAUGGUGUCAUUAACAAACAAAACCACUGCUAUUGGUCUGACACUAGCCCACAUUGGAUAGAUUCUUCCAAGACUGUUGGAACAAAAAAGUGAUGGUAUGGUAUGUGUUUCCCCUCUUUAUGCACUAAAGCUGGCACGUUCCCUGAGUUUUCCAGCAAGAUUCCUAGAUGAACAGUUUCCUGGAAAGUGGAUUGGUCAUCGUGGGCCAGUUGAAUGGCUCUCAAGGUCUCUCUAUCUGACCCCCUUAGACUUUUAUCUUUGGGGUCAUCUGAAGGCAAUUGUCUAUGGUGUGAAGAUACGAGAUGUGCAGCAACUGAAACUAUGGAUACUGGAAGCCUGUGCUGGCAUUUCUCCUGCGGUGUUGCUCUCCGUGUGUGAAGAGUGGGAGAAGAGGGUUGCGUUGACUAUCCAACACAAUGGACAGCACAUUGAACACAUUUUAUAAGUAGUCAAAAACUUGUAAAUAACUCAUGAAAGAAUAAAGUUACGUUCAAACCAAGCACACCAUUGUUUUUCUUGUAAAAUUCCCAAUAAGCUUGAUGUGUCGCAUGACCCUCUUCCUAUUGGAAAAACAAAAAUUGGAUCCAAGAUGGCCAACUUCAAAAUGGCCACCAUGGUCACCACCUAUUUUGAAAAGUUUGUCUGCUCACAUAUACUAAUGUGCCACAAACAGGACGUUGAUAUCAUCAACCAUUCCCAUUUUAUUGAGGUAUAUCCAUAGAAAUGGCCCACCCUGUACAGCAGUUUGAGGUUUAACGUUUGAGUUAGUCAAUUGUGUUCUCAGCAGCCCCUGAAAUAAAUUAUUAGCUUUAUUGCCAAGUAAAUUGAGAACUUCAUAUAUGCGGAAUUUAUUUGUGGCAUUUAGUGCAAACAGGCCUUCGAUGAGGAAAGUCAAAAGGAAAAUUAGGACGCACUGCAAAUGCAAAUAUAAAAUGCCCAUGGCAGUAAAGACGUGAGGGAGUGUUCUACUGAUGAAACCAUAACAGAGGAAACGUUUGAGUUCUGUUGGACCUCAGACUCCUGCAAAGAAGGAAGCAUCAGAAAAACUGUUCAGGAUCAGAAUAAUCCACAAAUAAUCUUUGCCACCUGCAUCCUGGACUUCUACGAUCCAGAUUGUAUCAAUGAAACAGAUCAUAAUCUGUUCUUCUCAUCAGUAACAGGAGGUCAUAAACCACGCCCAUCUACUUCCGGACCAUGGGACCCCGGAAGAACAAUAUAAAUGAACAAAACUAUUUGAGAUGUGAGUUGUAAGAAUUUGGGUACAAAGUAAAAAUAAGUAUGGCGAGAUGGGGCAUCCUUGGCAGAUACCAUGUUUUAGGUAAAACCAAGCCCCCACAAUGCGGGUGAAAAAUUAAAGCAAACGCGGAAAUGAAAUAAAUUGCAGUUCCACCCUCAUCCGCUGGGGGCUGGUGUCAGAAGCGAGCAAAUCCUCAUUGACUCCCAUGUUAAAAAUAUCAAUUUCACAGCAGAAAUAAACAUGUUUAUGGCCUGGUACCAAAACAUUUUUUGGUUUAAAUUAUCUAGUUUACACUCAUGACAACUCUGAGGGGGGUGAAUUUUUUUCUCACUCUUCUGUUUAAGUGUAUUAAAAGCCUAAAAUUCUGUAUAAUUAAUGAGCAUCCGACCCAUGUGACCGCCGCCUCAGACCCACGUGACCACAGAUGGAUUUCUUUGUAAAAGUUGUCCAUCUUUCCAACAGAAAGAUUUGCCUGGACCAACGUAAUGUAAUAACAACGUAACGUGAUUACGUAAUUAUGUAAGGUUCAUGUUCAGCCAAUCAACUACUUUGACGUCAUCGGCAGUCGACGGACCCCGAGCCGAUCUUGCACCCGAACAGAUCUUGUACCGACACCGGGUUCCAGUAACUCAUUUAUUAUCUUAAGACGAGGCCGUUAUUGUGGAGAUGGAAGUACACAUAUUUUACAGUAUUUGUUUGAGGAAUCAUCACAGAUUACUCAACAGUAAGAUAAAUAUAUAUAAAACGUAGUGUUAUUCAGUUGGUUUUAGUAUUUUAUAACUUAAUGUUUUAUGUAUUUUAAAAUAAGAAUUACACAAGCACAAAACAAAUCAAAAGUACAGAAAUUAACGCGACUAAAUUGCUGACUAAAUUAAUUAAAUUUAAUUUGAACUACAACUGUGGGUCCUUUUAUGGAGAGUCGCUUGCAUUGAUGACAUUAGGAUAACUAAUAUUAAGCCUGACUAAAUUUAACAAUGUUUUUAGCAUAACCACUUUAAAUGGGGUAUUUCAAUGAUUAGUUUAAUAUUUGUAGGAUUUAGUGAAAUUGAAGUAAUCGUGUUACCUAAUAACUGAUACUGUUUAGUCAUUUUACAUUUAUUUUGUUCAGGCAUCAGCGGAGGCAAAUACCUGCGCGCUAGCUUUUUCGCCAAAGUUCAAACGUUCAAACUGGUCUGUGAAGAACAGCAGUACAGAAAACUCAAUAAAUGCACACGUCCAUAGGGAUUAUAGCUCAGACCAGGAAUAACGCUUUUAUUAUUGUUAGGUGAACGUUUUAUUCUGGGUUCAUCAUUAGCCGAAGCUGCAAUGUCUCUUCCUUCAGAGAAAGCUUCCGAGCUGAAGCAGAGAAUCCACAACCAUUUACUGAAGAUGGACAUCCAUGGGAAGAUCCGAGAGCUUAUUGCUGAGACUCUCGGAGAGGAUCAGGGCUCAGGGCAUCGCUCUCUGUCUGAGGCAGAUGUCCUUCGUGUUCUCCAACGCAGAGGCAUCAUAGACGAUGUGAUGAAAGAUCUCCACUUUACCCAGGCUCCCCUGCACCAUACAGAUGUUGUUCAGGGAACAGCUCCAGAUGCAGGACUAAAACCUCCUCCGAAGCCCACCACUCAUUUUGGAGUGUUUAACCCAGACGUCCCUCUGCAUAUGAAAACCAACGUUGAUCCAUCUAGACGGUAUCUUCAUCUCCAAGUUCUUGGAGGGAAAGCAUUUCUUGAGCACCUCCAGGAGCCAGAGCCUUUACCUGGUCAGGUGUGCUCUACUUUUAAACUCUACCUACACUUUCACAACCAGAGGUUUCACUCUAAACCAGUACCCUGUGCCUGUGAACCUGACCUGAGGGAGGGUUUCCUGCUGGAGAUGCACAAAGAUGGCCUCGGAGAUGGCAGUAAGAUGGUGGAUGCCACAGACAUGCUGUCCAUAUGUGACCCGGUCCACUUUGUGCUGAUCAAGACAGACACCUCUGGUGAGACAACACUUGUCUCCUCCUACUUCCUGGACUGGAGGAUAGUUCUCAGCUCGCCAAGUGGCAAGACGUGCUUUGCAGUGGAGCUGAUGGGAGUUGGAAGUGAAUGCAAAGUCCCAGCUGGUGUUUUAACUGUCAGCCUGGAGCUCUACCCUCCUCUCUCCAAGCACCUGAACAGUGAUGUCAUCAGCACACAGCAAUCCCUGGAGAGACAGAGGACAGCAGAGAAGGAGAGGCUCUUCCUGGUUUAUGCCAAGCAGUGGUGGAGAGAGUUCCUGGAGAUCCGACCUUCUCACCAGUCCAAACUGGUGAAGAUCUUUGCUCAGGAUGAGAACGGAGUCAACAGACCAGUGUGUUCGUACGUGCGUGUCCUUCGUGCCGGCCGCCUCCUGGAGAGUCCUCGACAGGCCGCCCGCUUCGUCAGCCUGCUGGCUCACCAGAGGCCUCCAGUGGUGGGAGGGGGGGCCAAGCAGGAGCAGUGGUGCACAUUACUGGCGUUCCUGUGCCGGGGGAAGGGAGACUGUGAGGACCAUGCUGCUCUCCUGUGCAGCCUCCUGCUGGGCUUUGGUCUAGAUGCAUACAUGUGUGUGGGCACCAAAGCCAAAGGUGUUUCACACGCCUGGGUCCUGACCCGUGGAACCGACGGGACCAUCACCUUCUGGGAAAGUCUGACGGCACAUAGAUAUCUGCACCGAGCCGUUGAUCCAGACGCACCUCCCCUGGCCCUCCAACCCAAGCCUUCUUCCCCGUACCGGACCGUGGGCUGUGUCUUCAACCACCAGAGCUUCCUGGCAAACUGCCAGCCCUCUGAUGCCGUAGAGCUCUGCGUCUUUGACUUCCAGAACCCGUCACGCUGGAAGGCCAUGAGUGAGGAGGCUCUGAAGUCCGUCUGUGCCCCGGCCUCCAACACGUCUCUGCCCCCGUUGCCUCCUCUCUGUGCCCCGUCUGUGGAUCCUGCUGCAGCCAGCAACCAGCUGGAGCUGGAGAUGCGCUACCUGGUGUCAGAGCACAGAAAGGACCUGGAUCUGGCCACAGUCUGGGAUGACCACCUGUCCUACCUGCUGUCCUCAGCCCUGUCAGCCUAUGAGACGGAGCGUUGUACCGGUGUCUCCUGUGGUAACGAGGAGUUCCAGGACGCAGUGAGGAGGGCCGUGCCAGAUGGACACACCUUUAAAGGCUUCCCCAUACACUUCCUGCACCGCAACGCUCGCCGAGCCUUCGCUACCUGCCUCAGGUCUCCGUUUUGUGAGGAAAUAGUGAGUUGUCGUGGCGACCACGUGAGGCUCGCUGUGCGUGUUCGGGUGUUUGUGUAUCCUGAGAACGCGUUUGCGGUGUGGCUCAUGUUUGCGUGUAAAUACCGGUCUGUUCUCUGACCAGCGGCUAGAAGAUCCACAGAAAGUGAAGAACGUCGUCGUGUUGACACCUGGACCACAGUCGUCCCAGCUGGUUGUGUGGUGGAGUUACAGAGACACUUGUUUGUGACUUUUUUACAUUUGUAGUGUUUUUCUUUUUGUACAAACCUUAAUUUAUUUUUACAAAUAAACAGAAAACUGUCCUA